AUGGAUAUUAGUCAAGAUCAAGUAGUGAAACGUGGCAGACCUCUACCUGACUUGAGUAGAAGUAACAGUUGUAGUUCCAUGGAGGACGAUACUAUAAUACAGAGUCAAGGUGGUUCCAUGGAUGAGUUGGUUGCCGCUGUCGAUUCACUCCGCGGCGAACAAACUCUCAUGCCACCAGAAGAUAUCAAACAACGAUUGAAUAGCAUUGCAUGCACCUUGAACAUAGACGAAUCAACUCUAUCCACUGCAUUAGAGUUAUUAGAGAGUAUACAAUUAUCAAGUGAUCGAGGUGUCGCGCGCCAUCGACUCGCAAUUCAAGAAACUCUCACAGAGUUUUGUCAUACUGAACAUUAUCUAUCGCAAUGGUCGCCUGCCACCUCCUCCAUCAAGACAAUCAACAGUGGUUCGAGCAAACAACACUCCACCGAAGAGUAUCUCUUUAGCGUUGGAUGGCUACUCUACCUACACUGCAAGAGCAAGCUAUUCAACGACACACCAGAUCUCCUACAAUCGAUACAUAUCAUUCUAUGUUGUUUGAAUCUUCUCUAUCUUAAAUCACCAUCUACCAACCGGAAACUUACAUUUAACAAUAACAGCAGCAACAACAAUAACAAUAGCAAUAACAACAACGAAAACAACACAGACAACAAAGAUAACGAUGACAAAAGCGAAUCUAGCAGUGACAAUAAGAAAAUACUAGAAUUCUUAUCAAAGUCAAUCAACGGCAAUUUGAAGGAACUUGUAAAUACAAAUCAAAAAAUAUUUUCAACCAUCAUUACUGAUAUGGUAAAUAAUCAUACAUUAAAGACAUCGGAUGGAGAUGACUAUUUCUCAAAUAUAUCACUGUUGACUACCAACUUUUUACAUCUAAACAAACUAUAUGAGCAUCAAUAUUAUUCAAGCGGAGACAUUGACGAGAGAGUAUUCUUGUUUGAUAAGGAAAUAGUUGGUACUCCAUUCAAGUCCAGUUCAUCAAUUCGUAAAUCAAAUCUGAUUUCAGAGAAUCAGCAUCAACAACACCAUCAAGGCAGAAUAAGACAACCCUUAUUUGGCACCGGUGCCAACGAUUCAAUAAGUAGUAGUAGUAGUAGUAGUAGUAGCAGCAAUCAAAGUUUAAAUAAUAACAACAAUAGCAGUCUAUCUGGAUAUCCAACUACACCAAGUAAACAUUUAAAUAAUGAACAACACUCUAGACAGUAUCCACCUCAGACACCAGUGUCGGCAACAGUCACCAUGGUUAGUUGGAUCAAACAAACCGUUGGAAACAACGAUAUUAUAGAUUCUGUGAGUCAGCUGAUCAAGGAAUGUUGUGGACCUAAUGCACAGGAUUCACUCGAUAUGAUUGCCAAGUUGGUCAGUGAACUCACCGAUGGAAUCGAUAAUCUUUAUUUGUCGGACGAGUUGAUCACCUCUGACGAACAAGCCAUUCUCACAAAGCAAUUCCAUCGAUCACUUUUAGCCACCAGUUUUGAAAUGGUUGCAUACUCACACAAACUCGACAGUCUGCUAUUCCCACAUUUCGUAAAGCUAUUUGGCUUGCAUCCAUUCAGCUAUUACAGAAUCAUCGAUAGCAUUGUAAAGAUCGAUGACUCGAUGCCUCAUCUCUUGGUGACACACUUGCUCUCCAUUGAAGAGCGUAUUGUCGAGCAAUAUGCAUGGACUGAAGGAUCCACUGUUUUCGCACUGAUUGAAAGCUCCAAAGAACACCUCCGAACCCUGUCACCGUACGCUGCAUCAUCAACAUCGACCUCAACACCAUUGAAACCACCUUCGACACCCUCACACGCCAGCAACACACCAGCAUUUACCAAUUUCAUACAAAACUUUUCCACUCCAACCAAACCAACUGCCAAGCCAACUCCAUUGAUAGCUACACCUACAUCAUACGGAAGUAAAAUGCAAUCACCAGGUCCAAAAUCAAGAACAUCUAUUGUAUUAAUUAAUUUCUUUAGAAAAGUAUUAAAUUUAAUAAGAGGAAAAUGUAAAAACUUUUGUAUGGCAUUAUCAUUACCAAAUGAUGUUUUACACCAGAUACUAUGGGCAUCAAUCAAUUUAAUUAUAGAACAUACCGAGCUUCUAAAGAAUAGAUCAUUGGAUAUUAUUGCAAUCAGUACUAUCUAUGCAAUUUGUAAACUUAAUUCCAUUGCCAAGACAUACAAAACCAUCAUUGAAAGCACUUCUAUUCCAACCAAAGUUUACAAAGAUAUCCCAUUGACAAAUGGAACAGGAGAUAUAGUUGCUUUCUAUAAUGAACUAUACUUACCGACUAUGGAUGCAACGAUUCACCAAGCUGCUGAGAAGUGCCAAUAUCUUAAAAAUAUAAGUACUCCAACCAAGCUUGUACCUUCGUCACCAAGACCAUCUCCACUCCCGCUACAACAAAAGAACAUUACUUUCUCUCCAAUGGUUUCUCGAACAUCCAACAACAUCAAUUUAACACCAUCGAAACUCUCUUAUAGCAUAGGAAGAACACCAUCAAAAGAGUUGAAGGUGAUCAACAUGAACAUCAACAACAGUAGUAGUAGCAACAUUGGUGGAGUUAGCACGACCACUUUAGGAAUGUUUGGCACACCCUCUAAAUCCACUCACAUCUCUAAUUCCUCAUCAACACCAUCGUCAUCAGUAUCAUCCACAAGCUCAUCGUCAAAUGUAUCUCCUGUUCUUUCAUCAUCAUCGUCCUCGUCCGACUUUAACGAAAACAUUAGUAACAGCGAGGCAAAUACCAUUGACAAUAAUAAUAACUCUUACAACAAUAACAAUAACAGUAGUUCCAAUAAGAGUAAAGGCAAACGUUUAUUCUUUGGUGAUGACAGUAAUACCCAGAGUCCAACACAAGAGGAGUCAUGUCCAGAGCCACCCUUAAAGAAAUAG